AUGACAUGCCCCGUAUUACAUGUAGAAGCUUGGCUACAAAAGCCUGCGUGUAGAGGAAGCAGCCUGGCUUGGCUGAGACACACACAACAGACAAGACAUAGCUGGAUCUUGACCUCUGAACAUGCAGAAGGAUCACUGCUGAAGUGGGUUUUUUUUAUUGUGGUGCGCUGUAGACUGCCCUGGUUUUUCUUUAGUAAGAGCCACCUGAACUUCAGACCCCACCCUCUCCCUUUGCUGUCCCUUCCGCAUCUUCCAACAGAUUGCAGCUUGCAAAAGGAUCUGCUUCAGUGUGUGUGUGUGUUUGUUUGUUUGUGUGUGUGUGUGUGCUGCCUGGAAAAGUGUGAGCCAUCUUUUGGGAAACGCCAACUACUGAGUGGAUCCAUGAGGCUGCUUCCUUGUUUUCUAGUUUAAAGAAACUUUCCCUACGUGGAGUCCAACUCCUGAAAGUGACCUUUGCGGGAGGCUGGCUGGGAUCAGAGGGCAGGAAGGCUCGGGAGAAGAGGAAACCUGGAGCACCAGCAAGGAGGCUGGAAGGCGGCUAUUGGAAGGAACUCGUGCGGCUGUUGUUGUGGGAUGAGAAGCCGCCAGGCGCCAGCCGCGGUCCCUGUGUGUUUGACAACAACCUCUCCUGGUCCUGCCGGGGCAGUGUGCGGGAGAGCUCUGCCAGCGACAAGCCCCAUGAAGAAAAUACUCUGAAGACAAUGGAGCUGUGACAUUCUACAUCAACUUGCCAACUGGAACUAUGGAAAUUAUAGAAGAUUGCCAGCACGGUCAUGAUGGGCUGGUGCCAAAUGGAUACAUGAACAAGAUUUUUCAAGCCAAUCCAGAGGAUGGGAGCACUGAGACACUAAAGAUUUGUGACCUUCAGCACUGUAACUCCAGAGGCAUCAACCAAAAUGCAAGGGAAGAGGCAGCCAGGUAUAAGAAGAAAGCCAAGGGCAACCGGAUUUGGAAUUUUGUUAGCCGAAGGAAAGGUCCCUCCAUGAAUAACAAAAGACCCCAGUCCAUGAUCCUGCUAGGAGAUACCUCAGAGAUCUUAGAAGAAAAACGCAAGAUGUCCUUCAUGGAGAGGGUGAGGUCCUUUAAAAAGCUAAGAACCUCCAGCAUGUCUAAAAAUGUGGAUUUGAGACCCUCCAAAGCCAAAGUUUCUCGCAUCCCUGCGGAGGACCAGGAGGACAGUGACCAAAGGGCAGUCUACAGGAUUAAGAAACUAGCUGACAGUCAGAGGCCUUUCCGUCAUUCGUAUGCAGGGUACAUCGAUGAUUUGGAUUCUUCCUUUGAAGACGUAGAGUUAAAUGUCAGCAUUCCAGAAAUUGAUGCCAAUGAAAAUAAAUGGCUCAGGGAUAUUAGUGUCAGAAUACACAAUGAAGAUAAUGAUAGUAACUGCCAUAAAAUGUCAGCUAGAAAGAGCAAGCUUUUGAAUUUUGAAAACUCUAAGAGUUCUGCGAUUACAGAAAGGGACAAUCAAAAGAGGUGUCCCAUGCUUCCUGAGGAGAGCAGGAGAGGAAAAAGCUCUGAUGUCUGGAGUUAUCUGAAGGGAAUUUCAUUGUCUAGCAAAGAUAAUUCAAAGUUGCUCAAUCAAAGUGUUGAAACAAAUUUCCAGAACUUAGAAAAUAUAACUGAUAAUUCUGCUUCUUAUUUUGACUUUGAUACGAGAUGUGAGGAGAAUCUUAGCCAUCCUAAAAAAUCAAACAGUGAAAUGAAAGCCAGUCACUUUGGUGGUGUUCUUCGGUUCUUUAACAGUGUGGCUGAGGCAGCUAGGAAGUGGCGAGGCUCUUCCCGGACAUUUUCACAGGGAGAGCAAAGACCUCAGUCCAAUUUCAGAAGUCAGAGGCAGGAAGCCUCCUCCCACAAAGAAUCUUUGGUUAUUCAGAAUGAAAAUGCCAGAGCUUUCUCUUCAACGGGAAUGUCAUUGCGGUCUCCAGAUUCUGGGAUUUGGGAUAAUCAUAGUUCUGAGAGUUCAACAGGAAAAGUGCUGCCUCAGCAAAGUGUUGAAGCAGAGUUAUCUCAAGAGAUCAGCAGCUCUGCUCUGGACAAUGAGAAUGAUAGUUUUAAUGAACUUUCUGACCUUGGGCCAGGUCCAUCCAUCUCCCCACUGCCAGAACUUCCAGAUGACCAUUAUGCUCUGUUAAGCACACAAGGCCCAUCUAAGGCUCUUUCACAGUUUCCAGACAUGCCUGUGACUGAAUUAGAUGCUCGGGACCCGGGCAGCUCUCCGGCGGCGGAUGCUCGGGACCCNGUGACUGAAUUAGAUGCUCGGGACCCGGGCAGCUCUCCGGCGGCGGAUGCUCGGGACCCGGGCAGCUCUCCGGCGGCGGAUGCUCGGGAACUUGGAAAUAUUGAGUUACAUUUGAAAGACAGGGCUAAGACUAAACUGGAGUAA